AUGCUACACCGCUCCGCCCUGGAAGAUGAACCGAGAUCGUUCCACCCUAGACGUCCCUCGGGAUCUCUCAUGGAGCCCCCGUCGACCGCGCCGCCCAAUCGCCCGGCUUCUCGGUCCUCCCGCCCAGCAUCUCGCAAUCGAAUGGGGAAGGCCUCCGGAGCCAUUACUCCAACAGGACUAGGUGUGGUGACGGAAAAUGCCCCAGGUCUCGCUGCAGAUGGCUCGUGGGGCAGUAGCCCCAUUAAAGAAGGCCUGGGAAGUGUAAACCGCUGGUCGCAGUCCACCGCAUCGAGCAAAGGUCUACCGGACUAUACGGGCCAUCGCAGAGGGAGUUCCAAGAUGUCCCUGACGGGACAUAGUCCACAGCGGGGACCUGCGUUGGGGGAGCUGCCCGAGCUGAGCCUGCCGGAUCUGAGAGCAUCGGAUAUGUUUCCCCCCGACUCGAACUCCCACCUCGAUCUUUCGUUUACGGCCUCGAGUCACCUGUUUAAUAACUCUUCGCCAAAUGAACAAUAUAAUUCCAGAAAUGAGCCGUCCUAUACUCAGGGCCACGUGGCUCGGCCCAGUGAAGGAGCCGUCUCGUUGGCGGACGGGGAAGGGGAGGCAGAUGGCAGACAGCAUGGCCAGACCCAGAAAGCAAUGCUGUCCAAAGCUCUGCAGAAGGCGAACACAGCUGUUCUUUUAGAUAAUGCAGCCAACUUCGAAGGUGCCAUGGAAGCCUAUACAGAUGCAUGUCAGCUGCUGCAACUAGUGAUGCUCCGUAGCAAUGGCGGAGACGAAGAAAAACUUAAACUCCAGGAAAUUCGCGAUACCUAUAUAAUACGAAUCACAGAACUUCAGCGCAUGGACUUGCCUCUACCGGAUAGCGAAGACAAGGCUCUUCCAGAUCGCCCUUUGAGCCAGGAAUCAUACGGCGAAUUAUUCCAAACUUCAGUAAUGGAUGAUGCUCGUAUCCAGAGCCAACAUAGCUCUAACCACUCAAGCCUUGGCUUCGAUGCGUCUAUAGAAGAUGCCAAAGCAUUUCCUUCCGAGUCACCUCCUCCUCCUCGCCGCCAAUCUUUGAGGCCAGGCGUAUUUGAUGAUCAACUACGGUCUUUGGCCAUGCCUAAGAAUCCACAGUCUGAUCGAUCUACUCCUGCGAGCUCAGGUGGUAGUGUUGCUUACCAUCAACAAUAUCUGGAACCCUCUUUGCAGGAAACUAAUGAAUCAACCUCGUGGCUGGACACAAUUGACGAGUCCGGCGCAUCCUCACCGUCAUCCGCGAACUCGAAGGCGUCCUCUGUCUAUCUACGACGGCGCACAAGUCGACGCAUAAGCACUGACACUGAAGCCGAGUUCGAUGCCGCCCUCGAUGCAGCGGUGGAGGCUGCAUACGAUGAAGGUUUGGAGCCGGUCAUGGAGUACCGCGAGGAAGAAAGUGAUGACAUCGUGGCAAAUGCGCGCAGAAAUAUUGAGCUGGCUAAGCAGCGGGUCCGCGAAGCGGAGCUCGAGGCCGAGGUUGCCAUGAACCGUGGCCGAGAGAUACGUCGUAUUCAGGAACAAAACAUACUCGAGGAUCCGGUGGUACGAAAUUCCUACCUCGAUGAGGAAGCGGAGGAAGAAGAGCGACUCUUAGAAGAAAUGACCAAGGGCUAUGUCAUGGAUGAUUUCGAGUUUGGUGUUCAGUCCAAGUCGGCGCUCCCUCGAGAAUCUGACUCCAGCAAUUUGUCUGGAAGAACUUGGGAGAGCUCAGCCGCGUCUAACAUCACGGGCACCGGGGUUACCUUGUCUACCCUCGCAGAGGACGACGAUAUCCUACCCCCUGAGCAGAGACCAGAGCAAACCCCUCUCCCAUCUUCUCCUCCGUCUGUCGCUUUGCCUCCAAUCCCCUCUGAUUUCCCUAGUUUACCGCAACGGGCUUCUCUAUCCCAGCCUCCCCCUCCUCCCGCAAUGGGACCACCUCCAGUCCCAGGUGUCCGAGCGCGGCGCUUGUCGGGACAGAAUUCAGGCGAACUGAAGAUCGAAACCAAUGCACGAUCUCGUACCGACUCCAGUGCCUCUGAUCUCGAAUCCUUUUCAACUCCUCUCGCAAAUCGCCUCCCACCGCCGCCACUUCCCAAAGAUGAACCACCGUCAGACCAUUUCAAAGCUCUCGCGCCAGGUUUUCGAGCCAACCUUUACCCUUCAAAGCGCAACCCUUCAAUCGGGUCCAUCACAGACCAUACCAGUCUCGCCAAGGCCCGCACUCAUGAAGAUGACGAGGCUGGGGUUCCUCCUUUACCUGCCUCGGGGCGGCCCAUGGGCAAAAUACCGUCUGCCCCAGAUGGCCUGGAUAAGUCUGCUUCAAAAGCAUUUCGAUCUCGCAAUGUGUCCGUUCCCAACCCCGAGACAGCACCCGGCUCUCCCACAACCCCGUGGAGUGGUUCGUUCCCAACAUUGGAUACCCAGAAGGCCGUCAUGAGCGGCAGUGUUCCUGUAAUGCCAACCCCAACUGCGACAUACUUCACACAAAACGGAUUGCCUACCGGGGGUCUCAAUCUCUUUGACUGCAACAUUCAUUCUCCCACCGCCUUGGGUUGUCCAAACCCUCUUGUAGCCAAUGCACCCCUUCCUCUCGAGCCGUGUCCAGAAUCCUUUCUUCUUCGUCCCUUCUGGCUGAUGCGGUGUCUGUAUCAAUCACUCGCCCACCCCCACGGUGGCUACUUGUCCGCAAAGCUCUUCAUCCCUCGUGAUGCCUGGCGUGUGAAGAAUGUCAAGAUCAAGGCCGUGGAAGACAAGGUGUCUAACUGUGAUCUCCUGACCGCGGCGCUGUUGAAACUAGCCCAGGUAGAUACCUACGAUGCCGAUGCCGUGUUGGAAGAAAUGCAAGCGCUUGAGGGUAUUCUUGAUCAGGUCCAAGCCACACUGUCUAAGAAGCUGGGUCAUGAUGUCGGGAUCCAGACGUCGAUGCCGCUUUUCAGGCCAAAUGCGACAGCAGAGGAUCCCGCCCAUCCUGACCCUCCCCCUUCCAGGACUUCGGGCACAUCGAACAAGUCAUACCUCCCGACUUGGAAACGGCUACGGGCUAAGACCUCCGGGAUCAGUACAACCGCGUCUGCUCCCCAGAACGUCAAGGAAAGCAACAAGGAUAAUCUGACGCUCAACUCUCUUCCCAUGACGUCGGCACCCACCACUCAUACAAAGCGCAACGUCACUCAGCUAGAGUUCUCGGGGCCGAAUGCCAACUACAUGGGAGCUUUAGCGCGUCUUUUCGAUGCUGCUCAAGUCAUAGAUCAAAUCGCCCAGCAAGUUGAGGAUCCCGGACUCAAACAUUCAUCAUCAACCCACGUCGGUCUGGAACUCAGCACACGCCAUGCGGCUGAGUUUUUUGGCUUCUAUGUGUGCCGCUUUGCACUGGCUGAUGUGGGCAUGAUGCUUGAUAAGUUCAUCAAGCGGGGCAGUGAAUGGGUCUUGGCCUAA